AUGUCAAUCAGCAGUCCAGAACCACUUCUCAACGGGCACACCCUUGCAGAGCUGAAAUCAGUUGUUACAGCUGACCGCGAUGGGAAAACAUGGAGAGAUGAAGAAAAAGCCUUUUUGAAGUACCAUCGUGCCCAUGGCGCUAGCUACUCUGAUCUGAUCCAAGCCAUGGGCCGCUCCUACCGGUCUCUCCGAAAGAAGUCGUGGCAAGUGAAAGAGCGUCCGGCCAAAGCACCAGGCUCGAAAUCCAAGAAGAAGAAGAAGAAGGAAGAGGAGGAGGAGGAGAAAGUUCCACAAGACUCGACAAGCAGCAAUGGCAAGUCUCAUGCCACCAGAAAAACCAAAUCUCGCACCCGGUCCAGCAAAGCCAAACAAAGCGACCAACGCACUUCUCAUACCGGUGGAAAUGGCAGGAAGGGCCCAUCUGUCCUUUCUCCUGACGCAGAGGAGGUCGAAGUCAGCUCUCCGCCAGCUACUCCCUAUCCCGGACCCCCUUCGCCGCCCCAAUCCGACUUUGGGCUUUCAAGCCAUGGUGCACCCUCGGCCCCGUCUUCCCAUGCUCGUCAGCAGUACCUUCACGAAUAUCGCAGGAUACUAGAUACCGUACCUUAUAUCGACGUACAUGACAGCCACGCCAACUCUCCGGCACAUCAACCACAUGCCAGCAAUCUCUUGCUCUCUCAAGCGACAUUUCCGUCUACACAUGUCGACAGCCGUGGCCAGUCGCUGGAACAACAUUCUCCAGAACCAAAUGUGGAGCCCAUUGUCCCCAACAUAGACUCUGGUGGUGCGGAAGGUGUUCGGAUGUUGGUCCUCGCUGCUCAGGAAGUUGAACUUCAGGAUGCGGCGCGAGAGAGGUAUGACGCAGUCCACCGUGACAGGAAGAGACAGCGCCUCCCUAGCCCCGACACAGAAACGCCUGCUGUCAGCUUUUCGCCAGCUCCGCCCCGUCGCGGACCCCCACAUGAGCGAGGCUUCCAGAGCCUCGCUCGCCACGCUGCCCUUCAGACAGCGGCGCCUGCUGCGCAAGAGAUGCAUGACGCAUUCAACCAUGGCAGGAAGAGACAACGCCUCCCUAGUCCCGACACAGAGACACCUGCUAUCAGCUUCUCGCCAGCUCCGCCCCGUCGUGGAUCCCCUGAUGAUCGAGGCUUCCAGGGCCUCGCUGGCCACGCUGCCCAUCAGAUUGCGGCGCCCGCUGCAAGCGAGAUGCAUGAUGGACUCAGCCAUGUCAUGAAGAGACAUUGCGUCUCUCGUCCUGACAUAGAGAGGCCUUCUGCCAGCUUCCCGCCCGCUCCUCCAGAUCAUCGCGGAGUCUUUGAUGAGCAAUCUCGAGAGUUCUUCGCUCGCGACGCCCGCCCCCAGGUUGUGGCGGCUCCCGCACGAGAGAGGCUCCGUACAAUCGAUGCUGCCGCUGCAUAUGGCGAUACAGACAGCAACACUGCUGGAGCAAGCCCGAGGCCUAACAUGACGGAUGAGAUGGACAUGGAUCCGCCUAGAUGGACUGCCAUCAAUGACCCUCGGCCUACUCGUCACGAUCGAUCGGAGAGUCAAGGGCAUCAAGGGGAUGGACUCAACGGCACUGAAGAAGGACCAACAGAUGAUUCUACUCACUGA